CAAAAGAAACUUGUGACUUUUCAUGUCAUUAGUAAUUGGUUUAACGGGUGGUAUUGCUAGUGGAAAAAGUACUGUUGUAGAGCUUUUGAAGAAAAAGAAUGCCGUUGUCGUUGACGCCGAUUGGAUUGCUCGUCAAGUCGUAGAACCAGGAACUUUUGCUUACAAAAGAAUUGUUCGUGAAUUUGGAACACAAGUGGUUGGAGCUGAUAGAAAACUGGAUCGCACGCAGUUGGGACGACUGAUAUUUGGAGAUGAGUCAAAAAGACGCCAACUGAACAGAAUUACGCACCCUUGGAUUAUAUUUUAUAUGAUUAGAGACUGUGUUAUGAGUGUACUGAUGGGUCGUCCUUUUAUUGUAUUAGACGUGCCACUUCUUUUUGAAACCAGGCGAUUGUUAUGGCUCUGCACUGUUACGGUCGUAGUUGUGUGUGACCGAGAUCAACAAAUUGAUCGACUCGUGAGAAGAAACCACUUAUCACGAGAAGAAGCCUUACAAAGAAUCGAUUCUCAAAUGCCUUUACAAGAGAAAGCAGCUAUGGCACAUUUCGUAUUGGAUAAUUCUGGUUCCUUGUUAGCUUUAGAAGAGCAAGUUGAGAAUCUUUGGCAACAACUGCAAUGCAUCCGGAAGCAACGGUUGCGUUAUUACAAAUUAUUUGGCACGAUAUGUUUUGGGAUUCUCGUUGGCAUUCCCUUGUGUCGUUCUAUUGCUACUCACUUAUGAAAUCAUAAUAAUCACAAUAAUAAAAUAAGAUGGAUUGAAAGCGUUAAAAUGCUUUUAAUGGA